AUGCCAAACCAUUUAUUCAGAACUCACCCAAGAACUUAUGGAAAGGAUUCAAGAGGUAAUUCAAAUUGACAUUUCAUAGAAUGCAGAGUAUGUGCUGCCAGAUAAGGUUUGAUUAGAAAAUAUGGCAUGAAUGUAUGCAGAAGAUGUUUCAGAGAAAAUUAUGAAUUGAUUGGAUUUCACAAGGUAAUUCAUUUACUUAAUUUCAGUACAAUUGA